CCACACCUGGGCUGUAGACCUCAGCGGGCAUUAACAACUACUAUUUCCACCAUAACAGUAUUUACCCUUCUUUUUCUCGCUUGCGGGGAAGUGUGUGUUAAAAAUAUGGCAAUAUUCCAAUGGAACAGCAUGGAAAGGAAGAACGGGGACAUCUCUCACCAGGCUAUAGAGGCAGAGUACAGGGGCAAGGCUAGGCAGACCCUAUGAAAGAACACUUGGGACAGAGGGGAGGAGUAAAUAUCCUCUGUGCACAGUUUGUACAGUCAAAGAGGUGAAUUAGUGUGAAGCCCAGAAACUUAGGCUGCAGCUCAAGUCCUACUUAGUCGAUCUGCAAAUGAUCCAUGCUGACAGGCCGUGCUACUUUUUGCUGUUUUACCUGAAUUCUGGCCUUCUAACAUCCACUCAGGGAUCACUCUAACAGCAGGCCACAACAUGUUGGAGCAAGUUCUGUCGUUCGGCCGCUCUCUGGUGCGCCGAAAGUUAGUUGACCUCAGCAGCUUGGAGGAUUCGAAGCUCUGCCGCUGCCUUGGUACCGUGGACCUCAUCGCCCUGGGUGUAGGAAGCACUCUCGGUGCUGGUGUUUAUGUACUGGCUGGAGAAGUGGCCAAAGGAGACUCCGGUCCCAGCAUUGUUAUCUCCUUCUUAAUUGCGGCACUGGCCUCCGUUAUGGCCGGCCUUUGUUAUGCAGAGUUUGGAGCCCGUGUCCCAAAGACUGGUUCUGCUUACCUUUACAGUUACGUGACUGUAGGGGAGGUCUGGGCCUUUAUCACUGGUUGGAACCUGAUCCUCUCUUACGUGAUUGGAACCUCCUCAGUAGCUCGGGCUUGGAGUGGAACAUUUGAUGAAAUGACAGGAGGGCACAUUGAGAUAUUUUGCAAAACUUACUUCAGCAUGAACUCUCCUGGUCUGGCUCAGUACCCCGACUUCUUUGCUGUCUGUCUGAUUCUGCUGCUGUCUGGACUUUUGUCGUUCGGAGUGAAGGAAUCCGCGUGGGUAAAUAAAGUCUUCACCUCAGUCAACGUGCUUGUACUCCUCUUCGUCAUUAUCUCCGGCUUUGUCAAAGGAGACACACGCAACUGGAAGAUAACGGAAGAAUCUCUCGUAAAUGUCACCAUAAUUGUCAGGAACUUAUCGGUGACGGCCAACGUGAGCAGUGAUUACGGAGCAGGAGGAUUCAUGCCGUAUGGUUUCAGUGGAACGUUAGCCGGGGCCGCCACUUGCUUCUAUGCGUUUGUGGGGUUUGACUGCAUAGCAACAACGGGUGAGGAGGUGAAGAACCCUCAAAGGGCCAUUCCCAUCGGCAUAGUGGUGUCACUGACUGUGUGUUUCCUGGCCUACUUUGGUGUUUCGGCUGCGCUGACACUUAUGAUGCCCUACUACCUGCUGGAUGAGAAGAGCCCACUGCCCAUGGCUUUUGAAUAUGUGGGAUGGAGCCCUGCCAAAUAUGUGGUGGCUGUUGGUUCACUUUGUGCCCUGUCCACCAGUUUGCUGGGCUCCAUUUUCCCUAUGCCUCGUGUAAUCUAUGCUAUGGCAGAGGAUGGGGUGCUUUUCAAAGCCUUAGCCCGAAUCAAUCCUAAAACGAAGACCCCCCUCAUUGCCACUAUGACCUCUGGUGUAGUCGCAGCCAUCAUGGCGUUCCUGUUUGACCUCAAAGCGCUGGUCGACAUGAUGUCAAUCGGAACUCUUCUGGCCUACUCUCUGGUUGCUGUCUGUGUACUAAUUCUCAGGUACCAGCCAGAUGGAUCUCUGGAUUGGCGAGGAAGAGGUAGCUGUGAGAAGGGCUACCUGCCCACUGAAGAGGGCGAGUCUGAACUGACCGAAUCGGAAUCGCACCUCAACAAACUAAAAGCAGGUGACUCUGCCCUGCAGACAGUCUUGCACCCGCCCGCCUCGCCCUCUGAGCAAUCAUCGAGCGUCGUCAACAUGUCCAUCUGUGUGCUGGUGUUGCUGGUGUGUGUGCUCAGCUACUUGACCACGUACCACAUCGACUCCAUCUGUGGUCUGGAAGUAUGGAUCCUGGCAUCGCUGACCGCUUGCCUCCUCCUCUUCAGUGGAUGCGUCGUCAUGGUCUGCAGGCAGCCUCAGACAACCCACAAGGUCUCCUUCAUGGUCCCUCUUUUGCCUUACCUGCCGAUUCUGAGCAUUUUUGUUAAUAUUUACCUCAUGGUUCAGCUGAGUGGAGACACCUGGAUACGUUUCUCAGUGUGGAUGGCACUAGGCUUCUUGAUCUACUUCGGCUACGGUAUGUGGCACAGUGUGGAGCGCCAGCGCCUCCUAGCCAGCAGCUGCACCACCAAGGACCACAAGACCACCAGAGCGAAGGAGGCUGGCUUGGCUACUGUCAAAAAGGAGCAGGAGCAGUUUAUCUGCCCAGAGAAGAACAGUCAGUUCUGAAGUUACCCACAAUAGUUAGUGCUAAUAGACUGAGAGGUGACAAAGAGGCCCACUAAACAUGCAACUUUACGCCUUGAUGCUCUUGUGUGAACAUCGGCACCUUCAGUCUCUGAAAGCCAUUUCAGUAUUUUGUGUCAGCGGUCACACGAUGAAGAGCCGCUGUUGAUUUUCACUGUGAUGGACGCCACACUGCAGACGCCGUGUCUUACGGAGGACGUCAUGAAGCACAAUGGAAAAGGACAGGUAACACACUGGAGAGUGACAUUCCCUCGGAGCUCGACCGAGGUCUUUUGUUAAAGGAAGUACCUGUUAGGGAUUCAGUUGAUCAAUAUUAGCAAGUUUGUCUAAACUGUAAAUGUCUCCCAUCAUUUAGUGACCUGUGUGUAAUGUCAGGGUUUUGAUAUACAAGUUACAGUUCUGCAGACUCCAUCAAGUACAGGUCCAAUUGAAGGAGAUCCCAAUGAAGAGCUAUACCAAAGCGUGCUGCUUAAAAGGAUAAUUUUCAGUUUUCAUUGCACAAGAUUUAAUUACAGACAAUGGUUGGGGUUGUAAUUAAAAGGUGCUUCUAACAUUUUGGUGAUCUCUAAUUGACCACAGCUGCAAUAAUAAACACAUUGUUGAAUUAAUACAUUUCUGCAUGUCAAUCAACAGAAAUACAGUGGGGCAAAAAAGUAUUUAGUCAGCCACCGAUUGUGCAAGUUGUCCCACUUAAAAUGAUGACAGAGGUCUGUAAUUUUCAUCAAAUUAUGGUGGAAAAUAAGUAUUUGGUCAACCAUUCAAAACUCUCAUUGAUGGAAGGAGGUUUUGGCUCAAAAUCUCACGAUACAUGGCCCCAUUCAUUCUUUUCUUAACACGGAUCAAUCGUCCUGUCCCCUUAGCAGAAAAACAGCCCCAAAGCAUGAUGCUUCACAGUAGGUGCGGUGUUCUUGGGAUGCAACUCAGUAUUCUUCUUCCUCCAAACAAGACAAGUUGAGUUUAUACCAAAAAAUUAUAUUUUGGUUUCAUCUGACCACAUGACAUUCUCCCAAUCCUCUGCUGUAUCAUCCAUGUAUCCAUUUUGGUAUAAACUCAACUCGUCGUGUUUGGAGGAAGAAUACUGAGUUGUCCCCCAAGAACACUACACCUACUGUGAAGCAUAGGGGUGGAAACAUCAUGCUUUGGGGCUGUUUUUCUGCUAAGGGGACAGGACGAUUGAUCCGUGUUAAGGAAAGAAUGAAUGGGGCCAUGUAUCGUGAGAUUUUGAGCCAAAACCUCCUUCCAUCAGUGAGAGCUUUGAAUGGUUGACCAAAUACUUAUUUUCCACCAUAAUUUACAAAUAAAUUCUUUGAAAUUCCUACAAUGUGAAUUCCUGGAUUUUUUCACAUUCUGUCUCUCACAGUUGAAGUGUACCAAUGAUUAAAAUUACAGACCUCUGCUGUAUCAUCCAUGUAUCCAUUUUGGUAUAAACUCAACUCGUCGUGUUUGGAGGAAGAAUACUGAGUUGUCCCCCAAGAACACUACACCUACUGUGAAGCAUAGGGGUGGAAACAUCAUGCUUUGGGGCUGUUUUUCUGCUAAGGGGACAGGACGAUUGAUCCGUGUUAAGGAAAGAAUGAAUGGGGCCAUGUAUCGUGAGAUUUUGAGCCAAAACCUCCUUCCAUCAGUGAGAGCUUUGAAUGGUUGACCAAAUACUUAUUUUCCACCAUAAUUUACAAAUAAAUUCUUUGAAAUUCCUACAAUGUGAAUUCCUGGAUUUUUUCACAUUCUGUCUCUCACAGUUGAAGUGUACCUAUGAUGAAAAUUACAGACCUCUGUCAUCAUUUUAAGUGGGAGAACUUGCACAAUCGAUGGCUGACUAAAUACUUUUUUGCCCCAUUGUAUUGCCCUAGCUUUGGCAGCAUUUUUGUUACAGCUCUUGUGUUGGCUCUCGUCACACUGAGUGUCGUUUUAUUUUUACAUAUUGCAAAACGCUACAGAAGUGUUAAUAUAGUCAAUGUAUUUCACAUGUAUUUUCUGCACAAUUGUUUCUGCUAGAGUCAUUUCAGACAGAUUUACACAUAUUUCUUAUGUUUACAUACCAUAAAGUAAAUUUGAUUAUACAGCAAUAGCUUACAUGACUGUUUAUUUGGUACUUUGCUAUAAUAUUGGUAUAUAGUUUAAAAUAUUGUCUUUCUCUUCCUAUGAAAAAAGCUGUUGCUCCAUGCCCUGUUUGACCUUUCAAAAUAAAACAUUCUUUCUUUCUUU